AUGUACAAAAAAACCAAACAACAUAUAUUUAAAAAUUAUACAUCACGUCGGAUUACACCAAAAGUUAUUAAACUUAAUAACGAUACUGAUAACACUGAAUAUGAUGGUGAUUAUGAAUACGAAUACCUUAAAACUACAACAACGUAUUUUACAAAACAAAACCAAGGACAAGAAAAAAUUUAUAAUGACAUUAUUGAUAAAGAAUUUAAAAAGAAAGUUAUUAAAGCAACACAAGAUCUUGAAAUACUAAACAAAGAAAUCUUUUAUAAUAAAAAUAGUAUACCACAUCUUUGA